UUGCACACAUUUCAGUCACGUAGAGCGCAUCAAAGGGAAUGAAAUGGCAUGUCCUUUUAUGGAUGAUCCUGUUGACGAAGAGGCUGUAUUACUUCGUAGGGAGUUACAUUUAUGUCGGGAAAGGAUUUUGAGGCCCAGAGUGGAUUUUUUGUCAUAUCCCUAUCCAUUUUUAUUUGAGCGUUACCGUUUUUCUUUACAGUCAAUAAGAUACAUCCAUAAUCUCAUCCAUCCUUACAUCAGAAACAUCAACCAUCGUGGCCGUGCUCUUACAUCCGAGCAGAUUCUUUCCGUUGCCUUACGUUUCUUUGCGAAUGGAAGUUUUUUUUAUAACAUCGGGGAUGCUGAACAUAUUAGUAAGGCUACUGUUUGCAGAGCGGUAAGGAAAGUGUGCCUCACUCUUAAGCGCUUUCUGAGAAUUUUUGUAUUGUUACCUGGGCACAAACCAGUGAGAGUCAUCAAAGCGGAGUAUCACAGGAUUGCAGGAUUUCCGAAUGUGGUUGGAUGCAUUGAUGGCACACAUAUUCCGAUCAUUGCACCUUCUGAAAAUGAAGCAGACUAUGUGAACAGGAGAUCCAUCCACAGUAUUAAUGUGCAGGUCCAUACUUUAAGUGUUCUUCUCAAGAACAUACUUGGCGAGGACACCAGUCCGUACUCAGUUCUUGUGAAAUGA